AUGAAGACCAACACCUUGCUUUCCUUGUUGGGACUUUCCAGCGGCGCCUUGAGCGCUGCUGUGAGCAAAAGCAACCAAGAACCUUAUGGAUACAAGUCCGGCUCGAAGGAGUCCGUUGCCAACAUGAAAGACAAGAUUGAGAACGUGGUGUGGAUUAUCCUUGAAAAUCGUGGGUUUGACAACAUCCUCGGCGGUGUCAAGAAAGAAGGAUUAGACAAUGUCGUCAACAAUGGUCCCUUCUGGAAUCAAGAGAAUCUCAAUGAUACCAAGAGCAAGAAGUGGUACAGUCAGUACAAAGAUUACGACUCGGUCAUUCAUGACCCCGAUCAUUCGGUCACUGGUGUCAACUUUGAACUCUAUGGUACCUACAACCCCGACAACGAGGCCAUUGCCAACGGUACCUUGAAGCCAAAUCUAGGAGGCUUUGUCAACCGUCAGAUGCAGGCUUACCCCAGUAUCUCAGCCCAGCGAGCCACUGAUGAGGUAAUGGGUUACUACUCGGAAGAUGAGAUCCCAACUCUUGUCGAUCUGGUCGAUGAAUUCACCACAUUCAACUACUGGCACUCUUGUGUCCCUGGUCCUACCAACCCGAACCGUCUUUGUGCGGUCUCCGGUACCGCCGAUGGUCACGGCAAAAAUGACGAGAGCUUUGAUGUUUCCGGUGUUGACACAUCCAGCAUCUUCCAGGUUGCCUCGGAGAAGGGUAUCUCGUGGCGCAACUACGACGGUACCAAUGGUGACUUCCUGCCCGAUUCCAUGUUCUUCAACUGGACAGCACAGAACGCCAAGAGCAAUGUCGUACCUCUCGAGAACUUCUACCAAGAUGCCUACCUCGGACUGCUGCCUCAGCUGUCAUACAUCAACCCAUCCUGCUGCGGACUGAACACCAACUCCAUGCACCCCUCUGGCAAUGUUUCCUUCGGCCAAGUCCUCCUGAAGCAGGUCUACGAUGCCGUCCGCACAGGACCACAGUGGGACAAGACUCUUCUCCUCAUCACCUUUGAUGAAACAGGUGGAUUCUUCGACCACGUCGCUCCACCUCUUGCCGUGCGCCCAGAUGACAAGACUUACACCGAGACUGCUGCUGAUGGCAGUGAGUACACCCUCAACUUCGACCGUCUGGGUGGUCGUAUGCCCACCUGGUUGGUGUCUCCCUAUGCUCCUCGUGGUCACGUUGAGAACUAUGGAACCGAUCCUGUCUCUGGGGAAUCAACCUCGUACAGUGCCACUUCGGUGCUGAAGACUCUUGGUUACCUAUGGGAUCUCGAGGACAUGAGCCCUCGUGUGCAGCAUUCUCCUGCAUUUGACCAUCUUAUCGGCCCUAAGGCGCGUUCUGCGCCUGGUGUCCUUAAGAACCCCCACACUUUCCCCGAUGCUAUUUGA